AUGUGCACCAGCGGCCAGAUCAUUGGGAGCCUGCUGGUGCUCUCUGUGCUGGAGAUAGGGCUGGGGGCGUCCAGCGUGGCCGUGGGGGCAGUGAGCUUCAGCCUGGCCCUCAGAGAGCACCAGCCGCAGCUUGGAGACUCCUCUCCGGUAUGGAGCGGGCUGUGUUUUCUGCUUUGCGGCAUCUGUGGAAUUCUGUGUGCCAAAAAAAAGUCCGGGCUCGUGAUGAUCCUUUUUUCGGCCUGCUGCAUCUGUGGGCUAAUUGGCGGCAUCCUGAAUUUCCAGUUCCUCCGAGCAGUCACCAAGAAGACGUCCUCACUCUACCCACUACGCCUGGCCUCCAUGUCUCUGGCCUGCAUUGGGAUUGGGGGCUGUACCCUUUCUUCUUGGCUUACUUGCCGCUUGGCCAGCUACGAACAAAGACGCAUGUUCUCUGAGAGAGAACACUCCUUGCACCAUUCCCACGAAAUGGCAGAAAAAAGAUUGAGGGGUAUUGAAAUAACCGACUUGCCCAGCUGCCCGGUGGUGCCCCCGACACCAGAGUUACCUACAAGAAAACGAUAUACCAAAGGAUUCGUACAAUAUGGAAACAUUGUUGGCUUUUAG